CUGGGGCUUUACAGUCUUCUAUGAAAACGAGAAGCACGAGAAGCAGCAAUGGUACCUGUGCUGUGACACCCAGGCUGAUCUGCGGGAGUGGUUCGCCACCUUCCUCCAUGUGCAGAAUGGGGGGGCCCUGUGGCCCUCGGAGCGCCCCAGGGUGAGGGCAUCGCGACCGCAGCAGGAUGCCAGGUUGGGUAACAUCUCCCUCAUCCCACUGCGGGGCAAUGAGAGCGAGAUGAGGAACAGUGUGGCUGCUUUUGCUACUGACCCUCUAACUCUCCUGCGAAACGUCUGA